AUGGACGACGAUCAGAAAGGUAUCCAAGAACGGACUCUGUUUGUUCUUCGAUCUAAGCUAGACGCCGCUGUGGUCGUCAUUUCAAAGCCCGAUAAAGCGAGCUCCAAAACCGCGAAGAAGCUGUACUUCCUAAGUCUCAGAGACGAUCUCGAACAAUCGGUGGCCGAACUAGAGUCAUGGCAAAAGAGGUUUGAGCCUACUUGGUUCCAGUUGGUCAAGGCUGCUCCGUUGACUACCAUUGACGGCAUGCAUAAGAUCAUAUCACUUGGUAACUCUCGACAUGCCGCAGAACCUACGCUCGAGGCUGUGAAGUUUCGCCGUGCUUUCGAAGAAGGGCACCGACCCGUGUUCAUAGCAGAAAAGACUCUCGAGAGUCUAGAAAACGGACAGUCCCGUACUGCUCUGCUCAGCUAGCUGUUGACUCGACGGGGAGCAAGUAUCACAUAAUAGAUACAGUCUCUACCGACAUCGUCAAGGCAAAGGACGCGCGAGAUCUCGCGACUCGUCUACGAGACUCGAACCCGCUGAGUCCUGGAACCCUCAAGUGCAAGGGGAUUGUGCGACUGCCGAAACAAUCCAGCAUGGCAUUCAUAUUUCGAGUACCAGACGGGUACACCAAAGUGCGUAACCUACGCGAACUUCUCCUUUCCAGCCAACCGCCCGAAUCUCUCACGAUGCGGCUCGAGAUGGCGCGUCAACUCGUGACCGCAGUCUAUUUCGUUCAUCUCUACGACUUUGUCCACAAAAAUCUCUCUCCCGAGACCAUUUUGAGUCUUGAGAAGGAAGGUCAACAAAAUGCUACUGUGUGCCUAGUCGGUUUCCAGGUUAUCCGCCAUACAGAAGCGAAAACGAAUACGUCCAAAGUAGACAGGAAAGAGAUCCUAUACCAACAUUCAGUACGUCAGGGAAGCGAUUCGGUUGAUUUUAUAAUGCAGCAUGAUAUAUACAGUCUUGGGGUGUGCCUUCUUGA